AUGCCUAGAACCGGGCGAAGCGGGAAUUCGCAGGCUGUUAGGCCUGCCAGCCGGAUCGGUCAGCAACAGACCACAAACUUCAUAGAAAAGAAGCCUUUCGAGCUCCGAGCAAACCCAUUCAUCGACAAGGACCACCCAGACUUCUUGCGGAUGGAGGAAUACUUCUCGAAGUUACUUGGAUGUAGAACGAUCCAAGAAAUCCUCGAGAAUACCUUUGAUGAUUACGAGAUCGCGCUUUUUGAACCAACCCACACCUCCUCGGUCUUAGCUGAACAGCAAAGGAACCACUCCAUCCGUUAUCAAAACCUCUUAGAAACACGUUUCCACGGCCACCCCCAAUCGCUUCAACUCAAAAUGGCCUUUCUUUAUUUUGGGCUGCCCAUUGCCCCGAUGAAUAUCGGCAGGUCCCAGGGAUACCAACCGACUGACCUUGAUUUUGAGAUGGAGAAGCCGAUGGUUGACGACGACCCUCUGGAAUUUCUUCAGGAUUACGCCGAGAGAUCUUACGGGAAUCCCCAGCAGCGCGUCCGCACCACGGAUUUUCCCGGGGGUCCAUCAACGCAGAAUCUUCCGUUAGGUCUCCGCGGUGGUGCUCUCCUUUUUGAGGACCCCGACCAGAAUAAGGAUGGUGGAAACACAGAUACCUCACCGGUAGCACCUAUUCGGAUUUACGGGUUCCAGGGGUCACUCCUCACGAAUAACCAAUAUGACGAUUUUGUAGGCGCGGUAAGACGCCUCUUGGGAGUAAAGUACAGCUACAACUUCAACAUAUGCGUCGAGGUUUGGGAUGCAACCAUCCCAAGCAAGUGGCUAAACACUGGGGAAGGGUAUCGGUACUGCUAUUUCAUACACUUCGAUCAGGAGGAGCACCCCGGCUCCUACCAGCCGUCCUACUGGUUUGACGAGAACGUUGUUCGCUUGUUGGAUGAUGACCGUCAGGAUACAGCAUACAUGAACAUCCCGCGGGCACUCCAGUCGACGAACGCGUCAAUCCGAUAUCAUCCCGAAUACCGACAUGCUAUAAGGGUGCUUUACCCGAAGGAUUCCCAUAAAUAUCUUCGGUUUGGGACGGAUUCAGGAAGUCUCACAUACGGAUCGUUAGACCCCCCACCCGAUGUCUGGGGAGGGCUUUGGAGAGGACAGGCCGGAAAAAGUGAAAUCCCACUUCUUAACUUCAAGUCGAUCACCAUCCCCGAAGACUACGCGGCAAUUUGCGUUCCCGGUUUCCAUUCCUACGAAGAUAACUUUUCGACUUUGGACGAGACCUCGAGCCAACACCCAAUGGUCAUCCAUAAAGAGGACCUGAUCGUUAACGGCACAGAAAAGGACCGCCAGAGUUUUUCGAAGGUGCUCGAGGCAGUAUCGGAGACUAAUCGAUUCGCUGUAAGUUCUGAUGAGAUGCUCGGCAUCGACAUAUGGAUCCCAGGCGAGGACUUCCUGAACGUGCGGGUUAAGCCAGGCCGCGUUCUUACCGCCGGUGGCAAGAUUGGCCUCUCAACGCUGUCAGAUUGGAGGUUUAUCAUGCGAGCAUUUCAGGCCCCGCGUAUUCAUUCUGGGUAUAAGAAUGUCAGCAUCAUAGCUCGCCCGGUAUUUGAUUCCUAUCGAAUACGGAGCAGGCAACCUGGGACACAACCAGUCCAAAUUGACCUCGACAACAUCACAUUGGCGGAUUUCAGGGCUGCGGUCAAGCAGGAUCUGUUUCCCGACUACCAGACUGAAGGUGAUAACCAAGUCCUUCAACUGACCCAGUCAACCUGGGGGCAAAAUAAGAUGAACUUUGUCAUCUUCCCGAAGACGGACGAAAAUGGCUGGAAAUGGAUUGCGAGGAAUGUUACAGAACCGGACCUGGUAGUAUCUCUUCAGAAUUGGGACGAGUCCUGGGACCUUGACCAGAACGUGAUAUGGGGCCCGCGAUACGACCGUACCGACAUAACGCCACUAUCAUCUCACUGGGAGGCGGCGUUCAAGCCGGAGCCGUACAGCGAGCCGAUGAACCAGCUUUUCAGAAACUCGGACAAUAACCGGACUGGCGCCGAAAGAGCCCAGAGGCUACGUGAGAGGCUCUUCUGGGACGUUCCGGGGAUCUUUACCAAUCCCACCAAACCUGCGAUUCCGAUCCAAGCUCCUCCAGUCGAAACUAUCAUCAAGACCGGACCUAGCAUUCCGGGGUUCACCAUCGCUAUGCGGACUCCCGGUGAGGUUGCCCGACUAGAACGAGAGGUCCACAUGCUACGCGGACAGCUCCUUGACAGGAUUAGAGAGUGCCCCUAUCUAGAUUGCGGCCGGUAUUUUCCGUUUAGUGACGGCGAAGGUCUUGCUAGACAUUUGCGAGAAGACCAUACCACCCUGACCUGUUUUCUCUGUCCUAGGCUGGAUUAUGCUCUCCCCCUGUUCAACGACCACAGCAUUAGACAGCACUUUCUGGAAGCGCAUUACGAUGAUUUAAGAGAGCUCUUCAGUGUUCCUAACACACAAAAGGGAAAGUCGCUAGGAACUCUGACAAGAACGAACUUCUGCCAUGUCUGUGGGCGAGAUCAGCUAAAGCUGAACAAUUCCAAGGAUCAGAAACACCAUGACCGUGUGUGCUUGGAAGCUUCGGAGAGAGGCGCCGCAUCCGGGUCGACUACAUGGUGUCAGCACUGCGGACGGGCAUUGCUACAUCCGUAUGUCGCUUGCGAAUGUGGCCUGGUGAACGAGGACUUUUUCGAUCCCGGUCGCUUCUGCGCCUCCUGCGGCUUGGAGUACGACCCUACCAUGAACCGGGCAUAUCGCGAGAUACACGCCGGGCGUUGCCGACGACCGGGCGGGCCCCCUUUCAACUGCUGCCCGAACUGCGGCGUAUUUCUCGGCGACAAGAAGUAUGGUGAGAAGGCGUGGCAUAUCAAAUCGUGUCUCGACGCGUCGUCGGGUCCUCCAGCGGCCGCCGAGGGGAAGCCGGGGGACCAGGACUCUAAACCUCAGGAGAAGUAUGAAACAGGGGAGGAGCUACCGCAAGACAGCGGCGCCGAGAAGUCGGAUUACUCGAUGGCUAAGGGCGACGAGAAGGCUGGGUUGGAUCACGCAGACGAAGACGUACUGCUAUGGGUGGAAGCAUCUCCCCUUAGCCCGCCGCCCGCGCGCCGCGAGAGAUCUCCCGACUGGAAUGAGAAACUCGGUGUGGAGGACCCAGCACACGAAUUCUUGCCAGUUCCAGACGCGAAAUGCUCUCGAUGCUUCAGAGAGGCGGGCGUGAACGCGGCGGAAAUUAAGCUACACAUGAGUCCCCGAGGUUCCUGCAAAAUCCGUCGGGGCUACGGUACCGCCCAGAUGUCCGAGAUGCCCAACCGCAGUGGGUGGAUCUUGCCCGGGGGAGAAUUCGACUUCGCCCGUGCUUACUUCGAGUUCGUCGCCCGGUAUCCGGCCUACCGGCAUACCAUGUUUCCCGUGCGUCCUAGCAGCGUGAAGAGGGUCUGGGAAGGGCCGUAUAAUGCGAAAGCGGCGGUCGGCUCGAUUGAGGACGACCCGAAUAACGACGAUCCCACCGGCUUGCACGCCCUGUCCCGGAGUCGCGCACUCCCAUGGCCACCAUAUGAGGGCACGGAAAUCCCGCUUCACGAUGACCCAAUGCCAGACACCGAAAAGUGGCAGGACACCUCGAGGUUGGGGGGUGACGAAUGGUUUGAUCGAUACAAGGACGACUUUGAAUACGAAGAUAGCCUUGAUGACGAGGGUGGCCAUGAUGACGAGGGUGGCCAUGAUGACGAGGGUGGCCAUGAUGGCGAGGGAGGCGACGAUGAAGAGGGCAGCGAUGAUGGCGAGACCGGCGAUGGUGACGAGGACAGUAGCUACGAAGGCGUGGAGGACGAUAGUCUCAGGGACGAAGACUACCGUGAUAUCUUCUGGGAGGAAUCGGAGUUCGACGAUGAUGAUGAUGAUGAUCCGAAUGUGCCGGAGAAACGGCGGAAAACCCGGAGGAAGCCACCGCAGAAACGCAAGCGCGGCUCCAACCUUGACCGCUCGUUCCCAGCGCCGGGUAGCCUGGACUCGGACGACGAGGUGGAGGAGGAGUACUCGGAAACAGGCGCCGCCCCAGACCCGCUUGACAACCUGCGGCCCGACGCGCCACGGUCGCCCAAGAAGCGCCAAAGGAAGAGGCGGAGGAGGGCUGGUGGGAGGGCUGGUUCUACCCCGAAGACGGGGACUAGACAAGCUCCUGGGCCGUCGUCCGCCGGGCCGAACCAACCGGCUCGACAAAUGGACCCCGUCCACGCGGAUCUCGUGAGGAGAGUGAUAGAGUUCGGUAAGGUGUUCGGCGAACGCUCCCCGGCCUCUCUGCCUCCGCGUAAAAAUCAAGAGACUGCUACGGACGCCAGGGCGCCGACGACCUUGGAGGCCCCCGCGGACGCGGGUGCCGUUCAGACCCAGGAUUCUGGAACUCCUCGGCAGCCGGGCACUCCUCUUCGGGGUAGAGCCGAGCUGUCGAUGUUGAUAUUCAAAGAAGCGUUUGGAGAAGAGUUGGAGGCGAAGCGUCCAUUUGAGCUUCCCGUUCGCGUUUCUUUUGUCCGCGCGCACCUAGCAUACAAGCUGAUCUAUACAUUUGUCACUGACGCCUGA